AUGCGUUCAGUUCGCACAGGAGUAUCUGCUGUGACGUACGAUUCAAAUGCAGUGAUUGUUGUCGGAGGAUUCAAUGGCGUACGACGUCUGAAAAGUACGGAAUUUUACGAUCAUCGAGUUGGUUUAUGGUAUCCGCUGCCCGAUAUGGAGAUUACUAGGUCAAAUUUCGGUAUAGAGAUUAUGAACGGUUGCAUCUAUAUAGCAGGAGGUUUUGACGGAUCAAGAACAACAAAUACAGUGGAAAGAUUUGAUAUGAGAGCAUAUAAAUGGGAGACUCUCCCAUCAAUGAGUAUACCAAAGUCGGCCUUACGAUUAAUACGAAUCGCUGAUCAUGAUGCGAUCAAGGAACUCAUCAAUUUCAAAUCACAACUAGUCGACUUCAUUUAA